GACAAAGUACCCCGCUCUACGACGAGUUGGUCGACUCGCUGGACUCGACCUACCAAACCGACAGCCAACAGCGUUAGUUUGCUGUGUGGCUUUCAUUGGAAAGGUGCGCCGCGUCGUGUUUGCCGUUACAUGAAUUAUAUACAUCACCUUUUAUGCUGUGACCUUUUGUCUGGUGAAUUUAACCUCGAUUAAUGCUUUGUCAAAAAAUGAUGAGUGAUUUGAAUUAUGUGUAAAGUGAACAGUGCUAUUUUCAUGGAUAUUUUGCUGUAUCUGAUGCCUGGAGACAGUAGACUAGAUGAGGUUCAAGAGGUACUAAGAUGGCCGCUACGGAUGGUCAGAUUACAGUUGCAGCCGCAAGAUGGGCAGACGAGGGAAACUAUCUUCGGGAAUUUAUCUUGAAGUGUCAACUGCCCGCAGUAGUGAAGAUAAUCAAAGGUCAAUACGGAGGUCUUGGAGUUCCAACACUACCAAGCCCUGGCUUGCAGUCAACAGCACUACUAAUAUCCGCGGGAAAAAGGCAGAAAAUCGUGGCACAAGCUGUGAAAAUCAAAGAAGGUCGCCGACUAGUUUCCGUUGGGCCACGGCUAGUAAUUCCCGAGACGUAUACAGGAUAUUUUGAGCUGCUUAGUGAGGAAGGCAGGGCGGUACGAUGUAUAGAAAGUGUGGCGGAAUUAGCGCGGCGCAGACCAGAAGAAGGUUGCCUCGUACGAGAAACUAUCCGAGGAGUGCAAGCUAAGACUCAUUUAGAAGGUGCCAUCAUUCCUGAAGGCGCCAGAACUAUUUCUGCGGGUGAAAUAAUAGUCCCUGCUGGCGAAAUUGUCGUACCAGGCUCUAAAAGUCGGUACCUGAAAUGCCUGGACAAUGGAGGUGACAGUAUACUUUUGGGUUUGGAACAACGAGGGAAGUUUUCAGCGUUGGCUCGGGAAGACAAUAUUAGUGGAGUUCACACCGCAAAAAAUCUCUUGAGUAAACGACUGCCUUUAACAGUUAGAUUAGUUCAUGGAACCGCACCACGAGGACUCAAAAGUCCCAGUCAUUUUGUGCCAGAACUUAGAUUAUUAUCAGUAUUUGAAGAAGAACAUGUGUUUGCCUUACCUUUGCAAAAGGAAUCUCAGAAUGUAAUAUUUCUGCCUUUAGCUGCACCUUUAAAAUUACUGCGAACGCGAAAUGAGGAUCAAUUAAAGGCUAUGACCGAAUUCAACAGACUGGUAGAAAAGUGUAUAAAAUUAGUGAGCGAUGUUGCAGAUCGAAUCCAAGUUCUAGAUGGGAAAUUAGGCGACUCAAAGAAACAAUCGGCGACCCACCCAAAAGAAAUGAAGAAUGGUUAUUUAUUACGUCGAAGCGCUUCGUCGGAUUCGGGAAAUCAACGCCCGAAACACUCCCAUCAUCGUAGAGAUGAAAACCGGAUACCCAUCCAAUCGAAAGAUUACGACGAAAUCGAUCAGAUAUAUGAUUACGUACGUGGAUUCGCUCCGUUACCCAAGAAUAUUCGCUCGCCCUUUACCAACCCUUCGCCUUCGUUGAGUUCACACAGUGCCACACCGUCGCAUCUCGUUUCAGAUGGUAGUAAACCAGAACCUCCGCCUAUAGAAACAAUACCCACUAAAAAAAUUCAAACGGAAAAACGAGAACGUAAAACGGCUACUUCAUCAAUUAGGGAACUUAAUGCGGCAAAAGUCCGCACUCACACAGAUAAGACACCUCCCGGCUUUCCGAAGCUGUAUCUUAAGAACGGUCAGUCUCAACGUGGUCGACUGUUACGCCAGAAAAGUGCUUCUCCGAUGAAGGAGACCCCGCCGAGCUCCAUGUCCAAGUCGGGAUCUCCACUUUUUAACAUUAGAUACAAAUCUUUAAGCAACCUGCAAACAAUGGAUUUCGAUGGCACAUUAGACUCUAGCCAUUCGGGAGGCCAGGCGUCUGGAGAUUCCGCGGCAGUUGUUAAACAACCCGAGAAAAGAACUAGAAAGUUAUCUAGGCCUCGAAGUUUGACUAACUUAGUAUGGGAAAGUAGAGAACACCCGGAUAGUUCGACGCCAGUCAUAGAGAAGCACAAAAAAAUUGAGCCAGUUGCCAUCAGCUACAAAAAACAUUCCAAACAAUCCAUUAGCAGCCCAAGUCAGCGCCGGGAAACAUUAUAUUUAUAAAAUUUUUAAUUAAAAUUAGCAAUUAUCAUACUUUCCAGCUUACGCUGUUUGUGAUUUGUGUAUUGUAAAAUGUUUAGUCUAGAUAUGUUUCAAGACUUGUGAUUUCUAGUUUAUAAAUAUUUAAAUUUCGAACAACUCGUGACAACGCCUCGGUGGAAACAUAAAAUGUUUCUUUAGAAUUAGAUUUAAAGGUAUUUAUUUGGAGUGAAAAAGCUACUUAAUAAUACUUUAGUCACUAUUUAUACUUUACAGCUAAUGUCAUCAAUCAUUUUCAAUGCUUAUUAUGUUUACUUUUUUAAAAUAAUCUUAAACUGUAAUAUUGUACUUGAAUUUCUGUGUUAAAAAACCUUCAGUAUGAUGUUACCGUAUUCAGGAAUACAAAUUUAUUGUUUUAUAGUCCUUGUUUAUCCAUUUUUUUAAUUAGUAAACAUGCAAAACAAUGUUUCGUGCCAACCAAGGUACAUAUUUUUUUCUUCAUCGCCAUUGUGUAACAAAGCGAUGAAAAUCUCUUUCUUCUUCCAGAUUUUUAUUUUCAAAGCAGAAAAACCACAUUCGCUCACAUUUCUUAUAAUGUGAGAAUUGUUUAUGUUUACGUCUCUCCUUUUUUAAGUAAACAGUGUUUUCAAAGUGGAAACUAUUUUAGCCAGUCGAUUUAUAAAUAGUCAGGUCACUAAGUUUUAACAAACGACAGUCUCUUUUUGUAUUUUAGUCAUUACAAGAAAAGGAAUUUCAUGAGGUUUAAUAAGAAAAGAACGCCUAGAAACUGAAUUUUAUCAUAAAUCUGUGUUAAAUGUAAUAAGAAAUAUUUAUACAGUGCCCCCCCCCCCCCCCCAUAGGGUGCAAAUUUGAAAUCAACCAUAAAAAGAUAUUCUUUGAUUCUGAAGAUACAUUAGUAAGAGAGAUUAGUUUGUUUUAACAUUUUUAUUUGAAAUAGUUUUAUAAAUAUUUUGGAUAGUUGUGCAUGUUUAUACGUAAAAGAUGACAAAAAUCUACCAAAGACAAAUAGCUGCCUUUAGAAUAUGUAUAAAUUUUGCAUUUGUCGAGAAUUUAAAUGAUUUGACUUGUUUGUAAUUUUAAGAUAUUCUUAGAUAGUCAUACAAUGCGAUUUAAUACGAUUAAUUAGGUAUAUAUCUUCCAUAUUUGCAGUACAAAUAUGAUGUUCUAAAAGUAACGUCUACAAA